AUGCACAUGUUCCAGACGGUACUAGAUGUGCUGACCAAGACAAAUGACGAAAAAAUACAAAUUGCUUAUCGCGCGUAUGCGAUAUCUGCCGAUGGGUCGACACAUUUUUUUAAAAAAGAUGAGAUCGUUUGGCAAAAAGAGGAGUCUCUGGCACACACGAUUGAAGUCGAAUUUCUUGAUCUACCGGAAAGAAAAUUGUGGACACAGGAGGUUGAUGAACUUGCCGAACAACCCGACGAAUCGGAAACCAUCUCACCGUUCGCUCGUUAUGUCCGAAGAUUGAGUACGCAUUUCGAGCAACUUAAUGAUUUACCGAAUUAUCUGAUCAACUAUGCUCGGAGAUUUGUGACCGGCGAUUAUUCUCAAGGCCCAAUUUCAUCAAAAUCAAGCAUAUAUAGAGAUACGUUUGGCUUUCGCAAAUUAUUGAUUUUUAUAACUCGAAAUAAAGUUAUUGCCUUGGAUACCAGUAACAAGGGCCAAACAGUGUGGUCUCGAUAUUUUGGAAGCGAAGGGUUCGAAUUUCAAAGGAUAUUUGUAGUUCGAUCAUCAACCGUUAAAUUUCCACCAGUAGUCGUCGUAACUGGAGUAAAAAGAUAUGAUGACAAUGGAAACACCUUAACUCGCCUUUUCCGUCUUAACGCUCUUACUGGAGAAGACUUUCUCCCCACAGAGAACGCCUCAUAUUUUCCUUCAACCUUCGAUAUACAAGGAAAUACCCGAAAAAUCUUCAAAUUACCACUAGAAGAACCUGAAGAGAGAACACACAUCCUUGCGUUAAUUGGUGAAGGUUUAAAGGCAAGGUUAAUAUUUAUUAACUUGAUGUUUUUGUUCGCACCUUUUUUGACCAUAUACCCGAAUCAUGAUAGCGCAAUUAGGGCUUUCCGAAAAUUUGCAUCAUCAUUUUAUUUUGCAUUGUCCGAUGGAAUCGGUAGUAACGGUCUGAAAGGAUAUGGCCUUGUAUCUGAAACAGAUGAUAUUAAAGAGCCAUUUAAAAUCGAAAAUCUUUGGACCAUCGAAUUCCCCGAAAGCGAGAAAGUUGUAGCGAUUGGGCACAGGCCUCAUCAUGAAAAAGUUGCUUCCCUGGGUCGUGUUCUUGGUGAUCGUUCAGUUCUUUACAAAUACCUUAAUCCACACCUAGUUGCCGUUGCCACCCUUUCAUCUUCAACGCCAGCAACUCUUAACAUCCACUUGAUCGACGUGGUUAAGGGAACGAUAUUGUUCCAUGCCGUCCACGACAGUGUUGGCGCCUCACAUCCUGUCUACAUGAUCCAAGUUGAAAACACUGUUGUAUAUCAUUUUUGGAAAGAUGGUCAAUCGGAGAAGGGUUAUGAAGUUGUGGUGUACGAUUUGUACGAGAGCGAGAAUAAAGAUGAGAGAUUCAACACGCACAACUUUUCUUCAUUCUCACACGAACGUCCCUACGUGAGUGCGCAAGCAUUCAUGUUUCCUUACGGCGUCAGGUCCAUCGGCGUUACCACGACGAAGAACGGAAUCGCAACGCGAGAAUUUUUAUUUGCAUUGAACACCGAUCAAGUUCUUGGUAUAUCCAAGCGAAUCCUUGACCCACGCAGACCUCAAAGAGCAUUAACUAAUGAAGAUAAGGAAGAGAUGCUGAUUCCAUAUGAACCGGCGAUACCCGAUAAUAAAAGAUUUAUUCUGA